CCCCAGCGCUCCGGCCGGCCUCGCCGGGCGGCCUGCGGGGGCGGCGCAGUUGCGAAACUGAGUGCCUGUGUACCUCUUCCUAGAAUACCUGUCUGGUGCUCUACUCUUCCUCAAGACUACCUCAACACUCCUCCCACUUGGGGACUCCAGCGCCGUAAGCUGACUACACAAGACUGCCUUCCCCAUAUUUCCAUAGCCAGCGACAUGACCUGACACCUUGAUGACAAGUCUCAGGGCCCUUGGGUGACUGGCUGGUGCACCAUGGAACUUAAAGUAUGGGUGGAUGGAGUUCAGAGGAUUGUUUGUGGGGUCACUGAAGUUACAACUUGCCAGGAGGUUGUAAUAGCCUUAGCUCAAGCGAUAGGUCGAACCGGAAGGUACACUCUUAUAGAAAAAUGGAGAGAUACUGAAAGACAUUUAGCACCUCAUGAAAAUCCUAUCAUAUCCUUAAACAAAUGGGGGCAGUAUGCUAGUGAUGUACAGCUAAUUUUACGUCGAACGGGGCCAUCUCUUAGUGAGCGACCCACUUCAGACAGUGUGGCUCGAAUUCCGGAGAGAACUUUAUAUAGGCAGAGUUUGCCCCCCCUGGCUAAACUGAGGCCUCAGAUUGACAAAUCAAUCAAAAGGAGAGAACCUAAAAGGAAAUCAUUAACAUUUACAGGAGGUGCCAAAGGAUUAAUGGACAUUUUUGGAAAGGGUAAAGAAACUGAAUUUAAGCAAAAGGUGCUGAAUAACUGCAAAACAACAGCAGAUGAAUUGAAGAAGCUGAUCCGGUUGCAGACAGAGAAGCUUCAGUCCAUUGAGAAAGAGCUAGAAUCAAAUGAAAUAGAAAUACAAUUUUGGGAGCAAAAAUAUAAUUCUAACCUUGAAGAGGAAAUUGUCCGCCUGGAGCAAAAGAUCAAAAGAAAUGAUGUCGAAAUUGAAGAGGAAGAAUUUUGGGAAAAUGAAUUGCAGAUUGAACAGGAAAAUGAAAAACAGCUGAAGGAUCAACUUCAAGAAAUAAGACAGAAAAUAACAGAAUGCGAGAGCAAAUUAAAGGACUAUUUGGCUCAGAUCCAGACUAUGGAAAGCGGUCUUGAAGCAGAAAAAUUACAACGGGAAGUUCAGGAGGCACAAGUCAAUGAAGAAGAGGUUAAAGGAAAGAUUGGUAAGGUCAAAGGAGAAAUUGACAUUCAAGGCCAACAGAGUGUGAGGCUGGAAAAUGGCAUUAAAGCUGUAGAAAGAUCUCUUGGACAAGCCACCAAACGAUUACAGGACAAAGAACAAGAACUGGAGCAGUUGACUAAAGAGCUGCGGCAAGUCAAUCUCCAGCAGUUUAUCCAACAGACAGGGACAAAAGUUACCGUUUUGCCAGCGGAGCCCAUUGAAGUAGAGGCCUCACAUGCAGACAUAGAAAGGGAGGCACCAUUCCAGUCUGGGUCCCUGAAGCGGCCUGGUUCAUCUCGGCAGCUCCCCAGUAAUCUUCGUAUUCUACAGAAUCCUAUCUCAUCUGGUUUUAAUCCUGAAGGCAUCUAUGUAUAACAUUAUCUAUCUUUAGGGGAGAGACCCAAUAAAGGUACCAAGGACAGUAAAAAUUCCUUCUUUGAUUUGUGCCAAUGAUGAACAGAGGAUCUAUUUCACAAGCCACCGUCUCUUUUUUCUGUCCUAAAUUGCAUACCACUUGGAGCCAUACCCUGUGCACUGAUGCUAAAGAACAAAGAAACUGUGUUUUCACACAUCGACAGUGUUGACAUGUUUGUCCAGCAGCUGUAAUGCAAAGCCUUCAUUUUUAUUUGUAGCAUUUUGAGAGCGUUAGGAAAGUAUUAUACUGUGUGUAUACGUAAAUAAAACCAUGACUUAAGAGCGAAGAGAAAUAUGUGACUGGCUUAGUUUAAUUUAUUCCAUAUAAUCGAUUAAUGGGUGAAUGUUGAUGUUUUAAUAUUUUUUAUUAAUACUUAUCCUAUGACUGAAUUACAUUAUAUUUUGUGUGAAAUACAUUAUAUAUUACAUAAUUACAUUAUGACUGUGUGUGCCUGUUGCCAGACUACAUUUGUACAUUGCUGAUCUACAACUAUACAAGUGUCAUAGGGUGCUCCACCAUCAAAACUAACUCCAGAGGAACCCACUUGUAUUUAUUUUGUGUACCUGUCCUAGCCAUUGCUUCAUUAGAUGAAAUAAUUCAGGUUUUAGUUUUAAUCUGGACUUGGAUCUUUGCUUUACAAUAUUUCCAGUAUAUGAAUGACCACAUACCAGAAGAGCAGUAUUUUCACAAGGUAAAUUGUAUGUUUAGAAGAUUUGCAGAACUUUGAACACCUUAAACAAAAAAUGUAGUUGUUGAAUAUCUGUCCAAACAGGCAUGGGGUUUCCUUAUACAUUAUGUAUUUUGUUUCUGCCCUGCCUUAAUCAUUUAAAUCUCAUGGAUCCUCAGAGUUGCCAUAAUACGUAAGUUAGAGAUAUCUGGUUGACCUACUUCAGAAAGGUUACUUUAAGUGAUAUAUUUUUAAAAUAACCCAUUUCAUAUGUAUAAUCUGUUGGUGUAAGCACCCAUGGGUAAGUUAUCGCUUGCACAUAAUUUAAUCUGUACUUUAUGGAUUUUGCUACUUCUCCAGUCACUUAGAUAGAAAGUACAUUGGAGUUCGGUAUUUUUUACAAAGGAAAUAAAGUUAAAUUUGUUUUUUGUUUUUGUUUUUUUUUUUAAUUUUUGAGCUUGGCUUUUACAGGACAUGAGGAAGAGUCUCCCAAUUGUACAUAUAUUUUCUUAUUUAUUUAUAAAACCAAAAAGUCACAAGUAGUAUCUGAAUGGAUGUGGUCAGAUACCAUUUUGCCAUUUUUACAUUCCCUCUGAUCAAAAUUUGGUACAAUAUAAUUAAGACUUUAACCUGAAAUUUAAAGUGGUUUUUAAUUCUGAGGAAAAUAUAUUCUCUGUAUUACUUACAUGCAACAAAGUAAAAGUGGAUUAGUAUAUUAAUGCCAUGGUAACAAUAAAAAGAUGUAAGUUAUAUCUUAUGCAUGAGGGCAACUUUGGAUGUUUUAACACAUUUGACUUAUUUUGGUUUAAAUGAAUGUUGAGAAUGCUACAUUUAGGUUUCCAAUGAAAAAUUUUAAGAAUGGCUAUGAAAAUAUUAUAUAGAAGCUUCUAGAGAACUGAAAGUAAUAAUGCAGAGUUACCUUUUCUAGUCCAGCUAAAUGGCAGACCUCAACUAAAGGUAUUAUUUUCUUUGGGUUCUUGGAGUUAUCAAGUUGACCUUGCCAUUAUACUAUUUUGCAAAUAACUUGAGAAAUAAUUUAUUCUUACCUACAUAACCCCAACCUAUACACAUUUGUUCUCAAUUUAGAAUAGUUAUUUCAUAUCUAUACAUAUUUAAAAAUUAAAAUUAAAAAAAUCAAGAUACUUUGUAGAUUUUGUGACAGUAAUGAUUUAUGUAUGCCCAAUAUAAGCCUUAUUUUUAAAGGAUUCCAUCCUAUACCAAGAAUCAUUUUGUUAUUGUUGUUCAGAGAAAUUAAGAUCUUAUUCACAAAGAAAAACAUUUUUAUAAAUUGAUCACAUUCUAUUUAAAUCAAAAUGUUAAACUGAGGAUAUAAUAAACAUUGCAGUUUUUAAUUGCAGAGAUGCUUGGUAUGCCAUCAAAAACACCAAGUCAGUGUCCAACUUAAUUGUUGUAAAUUAUUAUCAGUGUUAACCUAAUAACUUUGAGACUGGCAGCAUUGUGACAACUUCAUCUGAAUUUUCAAAUGCCAAAUAAUCUUUAUAGACCUAAUUACAGAUAGAAAUACUAUUUCCUAGAUGAGAAGAAUAUAUAAAUGUGAAUUUGAUAAAUAUAUUGAGCAGCUAUACUUUUUAAUCAGUUAUAUUACUUCUGAAAGAACAUCUCUAAGAAAUAUUUUCUAAGUCUUUUUAAAAUAGAAGAAAGAAAACUCAUUUCUCCUAGAACAUCUUAAAAAUAAUAUGGUCUAUUCCUGGUCAUUUGUAUCUAUUGUGAACACAGAGGAGUUAGAUUAAGUGCCACAUCUUUUGGUACAUUUCAGGGGGGUGGGGAGGGGGAGAGCAGACAAUGAUAUACAAAAAUACCAAAUAUAAAAUUUUGCAUCUGGGGGAAUAUUCAGGUUCUAAAUACUAAACUAGAUUAUAAGGGGCUUUUUAUUAUUAUUAUACUGCAAGUUGUUUCAUUAUGAUUUCCUAUAAGUAUUAAAUACAUUAGAAGAUAAUUUUUUUUUCUUACCAAGGAAUGAUUUGAAAUAGCAUUGGUAUAUUUGACCCUUUUGAGUGUCUAGCAUCCUCAGAGAAUGACCCAUAGUGGGUUGCCUCAGUCCUUUUUUUUUUUUUUUUAUGAGAUAUUUUGGCUUAUUAGCAUGCUUUUUGUCCUGAUACACAGAGAAUUUAUAUAUGAGACUUUGGUUGGUAUUGAUAGGAAUUACCCAUUUAAUUCCCUCAGUCAUCCCUGAAGUAAUCAUCAAUUCCCAUAGUUCAAAUUAGUCAUAAACUCAAGCCAAAACAGCAAAAAUACAGAAUUUAUGGUGUGAAAUGUGAUUAAUAGUGUUUAAGAAAAACAAAUAAAGCACUUGCUUCCAGAGCAGAAGUAAAUUUUGUACCUGCAUUAAAAGGACAUUUUCUUUGUGAAUAAGAGAAAAAUGGUCUUUCGAGUAAAGAAACAUCAGUUAAAGCCAUUUCUGUGAACAUCUCUCCAAGUUAGAACUAUGAUAAUGGAUUGAGGAAAUGAUACGGAAAAGGCAAAAACUCUUGAUUUCGGGUGUGCAAAGGAUGUGGGCAGAUGGGCAUUUCCCUGUGUGCAUUGCCUUUGAAAAAUUGGGCCUUAAUUUAUAUGUAUAGAACAAUGCUGUGUUCCCAUCCCUCUUCUACCUGAAGUUGUCUUUAUUAAUCUAUAUUGUAUUAAAAUUUAGCUCAUAAGUAUUACUUUUAUAUUAUGUCCAUUUUUUGCAUGUUUAUACUAUUUGCUACAGUGUUUUUAGGUUUUGGCUGAAGGCCAUCAGCUGUGUGGAGAAGAGAAAACAAUCACUAUUUAUUCAGAAUUGCUGCUUUACAUUUCCAGAAUAAGCUUUCGAUGCCAGGACACUGACUGCUUGAAAGCUGCAGGAGCUCUAUUCCAAUGCAUUUUAUAUAUUUUUAGAAACCAAAUAAAUGCAGAUAACUAUUUAGUAUACUAAUUAUAUUAAACCAGCAGAAAUAGAAAGGCAAUAAAAUAUAUACAUAUAUAUAUGGGGGGAGGGAAAGAUUUAAAAAAUAGGUUUACAGCCAGACAUGGUGAUAAGCCCUAAAUAUAUUUCCAGUCUGUCUUUAUUGACCCAAGGAGGAUUUGAGUUGCUGCAGCUUUAAACAGAAAAUUGCCAUGUUCACUACUGUGGACACAUAAAUAUGCUUUUUAAUACUGCUUUGCUUAUGUACCAAUAAAAUAUCUGUAAUAUGUAUUA